GGCACGUCCCUUGGUCUCGCCAAGCGGGAACCGACGGGAGGGAUGAGGCACGGCGUGGCCGAGGACGGAAGGGAGGUCCCCUGGGCCUCCGCCUCUUGGCCCGGGGGCGCCCCUUCUAGGGUCCGGGGGCAGAUUGCAAAGCAGGCCAUGUUUUAAGGAUGCCUGGUGCCCUCCCAGAGCUCAGGGCAACCCCUCAGUUUCUCACGGCCAUCCUGAUAUACUGUGCAUAUUAAUUAGGCUGGGACAGCCGCCGCCGCCACCUUCUGUCGCUCUUCGUAAUAGUUAAUGGGACCCAGAAUGCAAGCAAGAGAGGUGUCGGGGAGGCGGGGGGGAAGCGGGAAGCCUCGGAAUAGGUCUGGCAUAGUAAACAGGGCCGAGUCUGAUGGAUUGGCUGAUUGACCGACAACUGGCCUUUUAGCCUGGAUUUGGAGGCAGACAAUUAUUUCCUUAGGUUUAUUUUCCUGGCACCCUGUGUUCAUGUCAAUAGCAUUCUGCCUGUGCCUGACUGAAGCCAUCCUGAUUUUGUCACCGGACAGUGCUUUCUUCUGCUGCUUGCGCUCCCACAGAACAAAAGUGCAGCUCCAUUGGACUGCACAGACCUUGGUGCUUGUGUCUGGAACACUGGGAUUGGCCUUCAUCAUCUCCAGCAAGAAUCGGAGUGAGCUUCCGCACUUUGUUUCCUGGCACAGUAUUCUGGGUCUUUUGACACUUGUGGCCACUUGUGGACAGGUCUUGUGUGGCCUUUGCCUACACUUUCCACAUCUGUUGAGGAUCUCUUCAACGGCAACAGUCCAGAUGUACCAUGUGACAUGUGGUCUGAUAGUUUACGUGCUUGCCACUUUCACAGUGAUACUGGCCAUCUAUUCUGACUGGUUCCAGGCCCAGAUUACAGGACUGGCUUGGUAUUUCUACUUGGCACUGCACUUCUGUCCAGCCUUGGUUGUUGUGAGUCAGAUUACUAGGACUCGUUUGCCAAAGAAGACACAAUAUGUUUAAGCUUAAAUCUCAUCAGGAUAAUUAGGACUCUAACCUCCUUCUCUGUAACUGUUGAACUUCUGUGCCCCUUGCUUCAUUUGUUCCAGCAUGCAUGUCAGUCUCUGUGCCUUGAUUUUGCAAAGUCCUCUUCCCUUGUUUCAUUUGCGUUUCUGUCUAGUAAGUGCUAGAGCAUACAGCUACUACAACAUUCUGGAAAUAACACAGGAUCUGUUUUGUAAUAUAUUGGUCAAGACAACAAAGAUACUUAGGAACACCUUAUAUUUAUUCCACUAUGUUCUCCUGGAAACAGGCUUGCAAAUUUAGAGUUGUCUCAAAUGCUGGCAAAAAAGGACAAGGGCUUAGAGCCAUGUUCCUUUCCAUCCAUGUGUUUAAAACCUUAUGGAAUAUACUCACUUGGCCUCUGUGCCCUGGCACUGCUUUUCUCUUACCUGACCAGUUUCUAUAUUCUUCCUAGGGUGCUUUAGUUGGUCACCAGCACCUCCCUUUUUGCAACUGCUUUCUCUGCCUCCUCCUCCACUCUUGUGUUCCCCCCCCCCCAUCUUCAGAUAAAGGUGAGUGGUUCUCCUCUAUGUUAUAGAACAUGGCUUAACUCCUCUAUGUUAUAGAACAUGGCUUAAUCCAAGAUGAAUAGUUGCACCUCAUCGUCAGGUUUAUAUAUGAUGAGUAAUACACAGUGCACAUGUUAGCUUUUCUAACCAGCUGCCCUCCAUAGAUGCUGGACUACAGUGCUCAGAAUGUGUGGAAGUUACCAAGCUGGGAAAGGCUGCUUUCUCUGUGUGUCCAUAAGCAGGAAUAUGCCAGCAGUUGGAGACCUGGUUGCUCGAACAAGCCUAAUUUACACACUUGUCUGUUCCUGAAACCUGCACAUUUUGUUACUGAUCCCACAUCUUACGUGUUCUGUCUCUCUUCCCAAGUGCCAUGUAUACAGUUCGGUUAGACUUCAGUCACUGUAGAUUGUUCAUCUGGAAAAGGCUAAUAAAUCAUGGCACUGUGUUGUUUUUCAGUGGCUCAUGGCAAUACUGGACUACAACAGUAAGCAGCUACAGAGAUCAAUUUUUGAAUUUAUGGUGGGAAAUUCUUAGGGGACUUCAGCUGAAGCCCAGCUUAGUUUUCCAAGUUUCUUAAAGAAAAAGAACUAUUAAUAGCUGAGUAAUUAGAACCAGUUUAGAAAAAUUUAUGAUCCAGGCUUUCUAGAAGGCAUGUACUCACAGGCUCCACUCACCGUCUGAAGAACAUUUUGAGCUAUUUGUUAGAGAAGUGUACUUGGAAAAGGGUUAAAAAAAUUAAGAUAGUUUUUUCUUUCUUUUUUAAAAAAACAUCUAUAUGGAACUUCUAAUUCAUUUGUGCUAUGAAUUUUUUGGGAAGUUUUCUAACAUCAUUGUAGAUAGCUGCCAUAUUUAAUGUCAGAAUAGCCAUGAUGAUAAUGCCCAACCUCUGGUGGGAGAGGAUCCUAAAGAAGUUGUGACAGUAGUCUGAAUUAUUCCAUUGGCCCUAAAUACAUUAUUGUUUCAGCACUUUCCAGCUGCUGAGUAAUGUAACAGGAUCAGUUAAUUUUAAGCAGAAAUACUUCUCAGUGAAAACAACCCCAAAAGAAAAUGUGAAGGAGUUAAACUUUAUGAAAUGUAGAAUGAAUUUAGGUGAAGUUUAAUUUAUAUUUUACAAAUACAAAUGGCAGUGUUUUUGUAUAACUCCCUGCUUGAACAAAUCGAUAUCCCCACUAUUUUAAAGUCAAGAUCAGGCUAAUUAAAUAAGCAAUCCAGAAAAAAAUCUUUGUUGUGGUGGUCUUUGUCAUAUACAGAGGAGAAAGUGUAAUUUGCACAUAGUAAGCUGGAUAGAAACAGAAUAUGAGGAAAAUUCAGAAUAAUAUUUCUCAUUUAGAGAGAAGUUGUCAUAUUGGUAUAUUUACUUGUCACUUUUUGAGUAGGAUCCAGGUGUUUUUACUUAAGGAUGCACAUAUGUUAUACAGCUGUCCUUAUUUUCUCAGCACUGAAGCAGCAAACAUUUGUGACUGGGGAAAUUCAAGUAAUACAUCCUUUGCUGUGUACAGUAUGUUUCUGUGAAUGAUAUGGGUCAAAUUUCUGCAAAGUGAUGGGCAGCAGUUGGCAAGACUGGGAAUGGGUGGAGAGGAAUAUCCCAUCUCACUUCAAAAUUUUGAAGACCAGAUUUUCAGCCCUAAUGAAGGCUCAAACUCAAUAUUGAAAGACAUCAAAUUGUCCUUGCAUGGCCUACUGCACCUCCGUUCACACUCUGCUUGCUUUUGUUUUGUGAUUGCAUU